AUGGAAAUAGAACCAAGUUACAUUUAUGACGCAAAGAAUGGUGGUCGAGUGCCCGUCUUCAAACCAAGCAUGGAACAAUUCGGCGACUUCUACAAGUUCGUAACGGCCAUUAGUAAGUAUGGCAAGCAAGCUGGCAUAGUUAAAAUUAUUCCACCAAAGGAAUGGUCAGAUUCGCUUCCUGAUCUUGCUGACAAGCUUAAAUCGAAAAAGAUACGGCACCCAAUUGAACAAGUCUUCAACGGCAGCAAAGGAAUCUAUCGACAGGAUAACAUUGAAAAGAACCGGUGCUAUUCACUGAAACAAUGGCGUGCAUUGUGCGAGUCACCGAACCAUCGACCACCCACUCGCAAUUACACUCAGGCAAAGCAACUUCCAAACACUCGCAAUUCCACUCGGGCAAAGCAACCUCCAACUCCACCACCCGGUGUCAGUAAGAAACGUAAAUCGGAAGCGCAAUUACAGUCCGAAAAAGCUAAAGCGGAAAAAGUUCAAAAACAAGAGUCUGCUGAAUUCGGUUCAAGGAAUUUGGACGACUACGAAGUUGACAUUGAUAAACUGACGAAUAGCAACCACAACAACAACGACGAGGUGGAAGGAGGGUUUGAUUAUCGCAUAUAUAAUCAAGCUCAAUAUACCAAUGAAUACUGCAAAGAAAUAGAGAGAGAUUAUUGGCGCACUUUACCUUUCAACAAUUCUCUUUAUGGCGCCGAUAUGAUUGGAAGCCUUUUCGAUACGGAAAUCACCAAAACCUGGAAUAUCGACCGCUUAGAUAAUCUCCUAAACAGGAUAAAUGUCAAUAUCCCCGGUGUCAACAGAGCUUACCUCUACUUUGGCAUGUGGAAAGCCACUUUUGCAUGGCACGUUGAGGACAUGGACCUUUACUCGAUAAAUUACAUCCAUUUUGGUGCACCCAAACAAUGGUACGCUAUUCCUCCCCCAUAUAGCAGAAAAUUCGAAACUGUCAUGCGAGGUUACUUUUCGCAUGAGUACCAAAAUUGCCGCGAAUAUCUUCGGCACAAACAAUUUAUUGUCAAGCCGAGCAUCUUGGCCGAGAGUAAUAUUCCGGUCAACUAUCUGGUUCAACAUGAAGGAGAAUUUGUCAUCACUUUUCCGUAUGGAUACCACGCUGGCUAUAAUUUGGAUUACAAUUGCGCAGAAUCGGUUAAUUUUGCUCUCGAUGACUGGAUUCCCAUUGGGAAAAAAGCAGGGGCAUGUAGAUGUCAAAAUGAUAGUGUCAAAAUUGAUGUUGCUUCGUUCUUUGAUGAGCGAAUUCCAGAUGCAAUAGUCCCGGCUUCAAAAACUCGAUUGAUUUUGUUGCCGACUCCUCCGCGUGAAAAGAAAAUGUUGAGAUCGAGGAAGGAAACUGUCGUUGAUGGUGAUGUUGAUCAAGAAGAGACGGAUACAGGUUAUGAACUUGAACAACAAAGUCCAGGUACACCUAUUACACCCACACAUCAUUAUCUUGUUUAUUCGAAAGAUGAUGAUUCAUCAUCAUCUAUCGAUCUUGAAGAUGAAGGAUAUAUGGAGGAGGAUAAGAAAUAUAAAGAUAUUGUUGCCGAUGACGGUGAUGAGGAUGAAAUGGUUGUCGUUCAUAAACCAAAAUUGCGAAUAAUACAUAAAAAUCAAAAAAUUCAGUGCAUGUUAUGUCCUGUGGAAGGAGGUCAACUAUUUCGCACCGAAGAAGACGGAUAUGCUCAUCUUUUAUGUGCUUCAUUUGUUCCCGAAACCGACAUUGCACAAAUUAUGGGAACUGAACGCGUAAUUGGAAUUAAUCGAAUACCCAAAGCAAGAUGGAAUUUGGCAAGUUUUUGUUUUGUUUGGAUUGAAAAACUUCAAUGGAAAACAAUUGAAUGUGUCAGGCCAUUCCAUCCAUCUUGUGCUGAACAAGCAGAGUAUCAUCUUCAGCAACGCCUCACAGCUUGUGGCGAACUACUAUACGAAGGAUUCUGCAAACUCCAUGACCCGCGAAUUUUAUUGGAAAAGAAGAAAAAAAUGGCAGAGCUUUCUUCAAUGGUCGCAAUCGACCGAGAUGUCUGGGCUAAAGCAUAUGGAUCCUUUUAUAAAGGAAAGAUUAUUGAAAAAGACGAAGAAACACAAAAAUGUAAAAUAUUGUUUAUGGAUGGAUCGUCCUCCGCCACGGCGAUUUAUCAACGUCGAGCAACCUCUUCAGCUGGUCUGAAGAUGAAUAAUUUAUUAUCUCCAAUAUCAACUAAAGCACCUUCUGGCGUUUUUUCUGUGGUAUCGCAUACCGUAAAACCUCAACGGUUAAAUGAUACGAAUAAAGAAUUGCCCAUUCCAACUAAUAAAUUUUACGAAAAUUUCUUGCUCGAAGAUGGUAGACAGCCUACUUGGCCUCUACCGUAUGGUGUUCGUUGGGAAAAUGGACAAACUGCGGGAGUUUUAGGAUUGAGUAUCUCGCAUGCUGAUGACAGUUCAAAGGUUUAUGGACCGAAUCCAAAUGCCAAUCCUGUUACUUAUUUCUAUAAUCCAUAUACACCGAGUCUCUCAAUUUCUGCCGCUGAAUUUGGCCAAACUCAUUCACUAACUGUAUCAGAUUUAGAUGAAUUUUCGGUCAAACUGCAAUUAUCUCCCACUAAUGCUACCGCUUCUUAUAUUUCCAUCCCGAUUGUACGUGGAAUGGGUUUUAUCACCGCACAAUAUAAACAAUUGACACCCGUUUUUAAUUCUGCGGUUAAAUUCCGAAAAAUUGAAUUGGCCAAUGAUGCUAAAAAAGGCUGGGUGAAAUACCGAAUUCAACUGGAAGAUGAUAAUAACUGGUUACUUUAUGCGAAAUCUCACGACAAAUCGCCGGCGCUAAAGUUGAAUGUGAAGAAUGCGACUAUUGUCGAAGCGGUAUCUGGCGUAUUUACAGGUUUAAUUCAAAUUGCUAAAGUGCCUCGAGACAAUACAGCUGCUGAGAAACUUUACGAUCAAAAUGCGGGAACUUUUGCGACCAAUGGCAAAUUAAGUGUCACUAACGACGGUGACUCAUUUACCGACGCUACAAAGAAAGUAAACAUUCAAUUGCAAUCUCCGACCACCGGGUUAAUGACCGCUUAUGUCGGAGACAAUUGGAUACUCGAGGAAAAGCACCUCAAUAAAAUAAGCUUUUUGCCGGCAGGAUGGAAAUCCCAACUUACGAAAGAGCAAAAAGAUGUGAUAGCAAAACAAGCGAAAAUUGACGUGGCUAGUGAUUUCAAAGCUCAAACUUUGGACAAAAAUUCGGUUUAUUUUUCCGGCAAAGGAAUCGCGAAACUUGCUUUGGUGUGUUUGGUUGCUCACGAUGUGCUAAAAGAUAAAUCGCUUGGAACGGAAUGUUUGAAUAAACUCAAGACGGUAAUGGAAUCUUACACCAAAAAUAGAUUGACAUUUCCAUUACAAUAUGACUCAACAUGGAAGGGGAUUGUUAGCUCAGAAGGAUUCAAAAAUGGUUCUAUGGCAGAUUUUGGAAAUACUUGGUACAACGACCAUCAUUUUCAUUACGGGUAUUAUAUUCAUGCUGCCGCCAUAAUUCGUCACCUUGAUGAAGACUGGGGAAAGAAAAACGAGGAGUGGGUUGAUUCUCUAUUACGUGACGUUGUUAAUCCUUCAUCCAAAGAUAAAUUCUUUCCCACUUUCCGCACAUUCGAUUGGUUCGUCGGACAUUCUUGGUCGAAAGGAAUAUUCGCCUCAGUUGAUGGUAAAGAUGAAGAAUCCACGAGCGAAGAUACCAAUCUCUAUUACGCAAUGAAAUUGUGGGGUACAGUUUCUCAUCGAAAAAACCUCGAGAAAUUAGCGGAUGUUAUACUUGCAGUGCAAGCUAGAUCUCUAAGAACGUAUUUCCUGAUGGAGGAUGAUAAUACGGUCCAGCCUAAGAAUUUCAUAAAGAAUAAAGUGACUGGUAUUUUAUUUGAAAAUAAGAUAGAUCAUACCACUUAUUUUUGUACUCGCAUGGAAUGUAUUCAUGGAAUUCAUAUGAUCCCUACGACUCCGAUAACACCGUAUACGAGAAGAAACAAAUUCGUAACUGAAGAAUGGGAAGAGGUUCUCUCGUCAAUCGUCGAUAAUAUCACCGAUGCUUGGAAAUCCUUGCUUCAAAUGAAUUACGCGCAAAUAAACUCGAAAUCGGUAUACAAUUAUUUCUUGCAACAUCCCGACGCACCAUUAGACGACGGGUUAACAAGAACUUGGGCGCUGUUUUGGUCGGCGUCUCAAAAACCAACCAACUAA